AUGGCUCUCUCCGAGGCGAACGUAAAAAGCGUCCUGUCAGGCGACACCAUCGUCCUCCACAACGUCAAUAACCCGAAGCUGGAAAGGACCCUCAGUCUUGCCUUUGUGUCUGCGCCGAGAAUCAAGAGGGACGGCGAUGAGCCCUUCGCCUUCGAAUCUCGUGAAUUCCUCCGCAGACUUGUCGGACGCCGCGUAUACUUCAAAGUACUCUACAAAAUCCCCACGGGCGUAAACCGCGAAUAUGGCAUCGUCAUGCUACCCGACGGCCCACAAUUGCCCGACCUCGUAGUGUCCGAAGGCUGGGCGAAACUCCGCGACGAUGCAGGCCGCAAAGACGACUCGGAUGAAUCGCAAGCAAUACUCGACAAGCUGCAGGUGCUCGAAGCGCGGGCGAAGGCCGACUCCAAGGGCCUGUGGGCUGGGAGUGGAGGCAAGGUUCAGACGACAUAUGAGCUGCCAGACGCAAAGGCCUUCGCGGAGGCAUGGAAGGGCAAACAGCUGGACGCAAUCGUCGAGAAGGUCCUAAGCGGUGACCGUCUGAUCGUGCGAUUGAUGGAGUCACCAACGAAGCACACCCAGACGAUGCUCCUGAUCGCCGGCGUCCGCGCACCGUCUACCAAGCGAAUCAAUCCCUCGGAUGGCAAAGAGCAACCCGCGGAACCCUUCGGCGAAGAGGCGCGGGACUUCAUCGAAAGCAAACUGCUCCAGCGCACUGUGUUCGUCAACGUACUAGGCGUCAGCCCUCAAGGACAACUCGUGGGGUCAGUGAAGCACCCGAAGAAUGGCAGCAUCGCUCCCUUCCUGCUCAAAGCCGGAUUGGCGCGUUGCACAGAUCAUCACUCAACAAUGCUGGGACCAGAGAUGGGCGACCUACGACAGGCUGAGAAAGUUGCCAAGGACAACCGGGUUGGCCUGUUCCAAGGACUAGCUGCACCGCGCGCCACGGGCCGGGAGGACGAGGCUGUAGUCACUCGUGUACAGAGCGCAGACACGCUGUAUCUACGCACGAAAGCCGGCGGAGAGAAGCGCGUAAACCUCAGCAGCGUCCGGCAGCCGAAGCCGACGGACCCGAAGCAGUCACCAUGGGGCGCGGAGGCCAAGGAGUUCCUGCGCAAGCGUCUCAUCGGCAAGCACGUCAAGGUUACGAUAGACGGUAAGCGCCCAGCUACGGAGGGCUUCGACGAGAGGGAAAUGGCCACAGUAACUUUCAAUGGCAAGAAUGUUGGCCUGCUGCUUGUCGAGAAUGGCUUUGCGUCCGUGAUACGGCACCGCGCAGAUGACACCGACAGGAGUAACAUCUAUGAUGAGCUUCUGCUGGCGGAAGAGGAGGCUCAAAAGGAAGGUCGCGGCAUGUUCGGUGCUAAGCCACCAGCCGCAAAACAAUACGUCGACUACUCGGAGAGCUUAGAGAAGGCGAAGCGGCAGAUGUCAAUGCUGUCGCGGCAGCGGAAGAUACCCGCCGUGGUCGACUUUGUCAAGUCGGGCUCACGAUUCACCGUGCUGAUCCCAAGGGAGAAUGCUAAAAUCACCCUCGUCCUCUCCGGGGUCCGCGCCCCGAGGUCAGCAAGAAAUCCCACCGAACAAGGCGAGCCAUUCGGCCAAGAAGCGCACGACUUCGCCAACCGACGAUGUCUCCAGCGGGACGUGGAGAUCGAUGUCGAGGACGUCGACAAGGUCGGCGGCUUCAUCGGCACCAUCUACGUCAACCGCGAGAACUUCACCAAGCUGCUCGUCGAGGAAGGCCUUGCCUCCGUACACGCCUAUUCCGCCGAGAAGUCUGGCAACGCGACCGAGCUCUUCGCCGCCGAGGCAAAAGCCAAAGAAGGCCGCAAAGGCCUCUGGAAAGACUGGGACCCCAGCCAGGACGCCGACGACACCUCAGACGCCGCCGCAGCGCCAAACGGCAACGGCACCAACGGCGCCUCCACCCCCGAAAAACCACGCAUCGACUUCCGCGAUACAGUAGUCACGCACGUCGACGCAACCGGGCACCUCAAAGUCCAAGAAAUCGGCUCCGGCACCACGCGCCUGACAGACCUCAUGUCCUCAUUCCGCAACUUCCACAUCAACAAGGCGAAUGACACCCCGCUCCCCAACCCGCCAAAAGCAGGCGACUUCGUCGCGGCCAAGUUCACAGAGGACGGCGAGUGGUACCGCGCGCGCAUCCGGCGCAACGACCGCGAAGCCAAGAAAGUGGAGGUCGUGUAUAUAGACUAUGGCAACAGCGAGACGAUCCCCUACUCCCGUCUCCGCCCGCUGGCCGCGCAGUUCUCGACGCAGAACCUCAAGCCGCAGGCGCAGGAUGCGGUGUUGUCGUUUUGCCAGUUCCCGACGCAGCCGGACUAUCUGGCCGAUGCGGUGGACUUUGUCGGGAACACCAUCGCCGGCCGCGAGUUUGCGACGAAUGUCGACUUUGUGGGCCCGGAUGGGACGCUGUUUGUGACAUUGUAUGAAAAGGGGAAGCAGCCGCCGGUGGAGAAUAGUGUUAAUGCUGAGGUGGUUGCGGGUGGGUUUGCGAUGGUGCCGAGGAAGUUGAAGGGGUGGGAGAGGGCGCAUGCGGAGGGGCUGAAGAAGUUGCAGGCGCUGGAGGAGGAGGCGAAGGGCGAGCGGAAGGGGAUGUGGGAGUAUGGUGAUUUGACGGAGGAUUAG